AUGCCUUUCAAACUGAAACUUAAAAAAAGCAGACAGUACAAUGUCUCCUCAAAGAAUUUGUUUGUUCUUUCCGUAGAAUUGCUUGAUAACACAACUGUGGAAUGUACUUUGUCUUCGCAAAGCCUUGGUCAAGAGUGCCUUAAUAAUGUUUGUCAGAGACUUGGAUUACAACAACCUCAAUAUUUUGGGCUCAAGUUUCUGUCCAAAAAGGGUACAUUUUGGUGGGUGGAUUUACAAAGCCCUUUGAAAAAGCAACUAGAUAAAUAUGCAACAGAAAAUUGCAGUUUGUCCCUCGGUGUCAUGUUUUUUGUAUCUGAUGUAAAUAUUUUACAUGAUGAAGUUACAAGAUAUCAUUAUUUUCUUCAGCUGAAGUCUGAUAUUCUAGAAGGUAAACUACAUUGCACAGAAGAGCAAACAAUUCUAUUUGCCAGUUAUAGUCUUCAAGCUGAAUUUGGUGACCACGAUCCAGAAAGACACACUACUGAAUACUUGACCAAUUUUGGACUAUUGCCUAAGCAAAUGGUUCAGGGUAAAGAAAAUCAGGAGGCCAUUCUGGAACGUGUAAUUCUUACCCACCGUAGUCUUCAAGGAAUGUCUCAACAACUGGCUGAAGUAUAUUAUAUAAUGGAGGCCCAGAAACUAAACGGUUAUGGGUUAGAAUGUUUUGCUGCUAAGUAUAAUCUGCCUUUUGUUUACUUUCGGUGGAAUCAAAUAAUAAAUUUAUUUCACAAUAAAAAGUGUUUUAUUAUUGAACAUCGCAACAAUCCUAAAUUGCUUCACAAUUUCAUGGAAGAUUCUCAUUUAGCCAAAUAUAUUUGGAAAACAUGCAUUCAACAACAUUGCUUUUAUACAAAGAAUGAAGGUAUUGUAAAUAGUAGCAGUCCAUCUUUUGAUCAUCAAACUGAGCCAAAGCAACCAAGUGUAUCAAAUGUAUCAAUAAACUCGAAACCUGCCAGUACAAAACAAAAUGAAAAAGGUUCUAGAAGUGUGCUGCAUAUGCAAGAAAGUCAAGACUCAUUAGAUGGUUUAGGUGUUUAUCAUACAGAUAGUGGGUAUAGUGAAACAUUACCGGCAACUAGUUCCUGUAGCCAAAUAUUUGAGGGGAAUCAUAGCCCUGAAAUUUCAGCAAUGUCUAAUCCAUCGAUUCAACGCAACAGCAUAACAACAUUGAAUGCAAGCAGCUUGCAUAUCUCUUCUGGCUCAAAUUCCGUCUCUCCGGCAUAUUCUCAACUUCUACCUCAAAGUUACAAUUCUCAGAGCAACUUGUCACUUCUAAGACGUGUUUCCUUAUCCGAUGCUUCCAUGCAUCAACAAAGUCAUUUAAAUAUCAAUGAAACUGGAAGCUUGUUGGAAUCAAAGCCGGUUUGUUCAGUGUUGCCCUUGUAUCGCCAAGCACCAGAUUACGAUACAGCCAUUAAAUUGAAGUAUGGUAUGCCAAAGAACCAGGACCAUGUUUCUGCUCCUAGUUUGCAUUUGCCACUUCACACAUAUAGUUCACCUGAUCUGGCAACUCAAAGUACAACAUGUGCGGAACGUCUUUUAAAUGCUCAUGUGAUGUAUCAGUUCAAACCACCUCCUCCUUAUCCAUAUAAACAGAGGUCAAGCUCUAGUACUCCUGAUCUUACCAGCAGUCAUCAGACAUCACUACCUUGCUCUAGUCCUGAUGCCACUCCAUUAAAAAAUUUGAACUCUAAUGUCCACCUACGUGAUGAUGCUAUUGGAUUCACUAACUUAGCUUACAGACCUCCAGAUACGUCACAAUUUACCCCACGUAAGGUAGUGCCUGAAAUUUAUCGAAGUCAUUCUUAUGAGCCUACUUCUGUUGGCUGCGCUAAAAUAGUAACAUCAAAUGCUAUACCCCAUCAGACAAUAGCUUCAUCUCAAAAAGUUGGUUCUCAGACUAGUUUACCCAUACAUACGUACCAGAACUACAACCCUACUGCAACCGUUACGGACAGUUCUGUCAAUCAUCUCUCGGAACCUAUUCAUCAAGUCCCUGCUAAGCAAGACAAUCAUUUUAGUAUCAACAACCUGUCUUCUGCAAGUACAGCUGCUGCUGUUAAUUUAUCUCGAUGCGAUGUUGCUUCUCAAAGAAAUUCAAGUGUUCCUCAAAGGGAAGACUCGCACUCAAUGGGUCCCAUGUUGUUGGCUGCUAUGAAUGGUCUUUGCAUUUCAAGGCCAGAUAUUCUUAUUUCACAAGUUGAAGAGACAAGAAUUCCAAUGGAUUCUAGAAUUCAAGCCCUUGAAAAUAGAAUAGCUGAAGGCCAAGUCUUCUUAGAAUUUGAACGUGUCAUUAAGAAGAAACCAAAUGCAGAUUUCACCACAGCCUUGUUACCAGAAAACUUAUCUAGAAAUCGUUUCAAAGAUGUGUUCCCUUAUGAAGAAAACAGAGUUCGCCUUACUCCAACGAAUGAAAAUACUACAGGUUAUAUCAAUGCUUCCCAUAUCAGUUUGUCUCUGGGAUCUACGCUGAGGUUUUAUAUUGCUGCUCAAGGUCCUUUACCUAACACAUUGUACAGUUUUUGGCAAAUGAUUUGGGAGCAUCACGUGUCAGUCAUCGUAAUGUUGACUGAAGUUCAAGAACAGGGUCGAGAUAAAUGUUUCCCAUACUGGCCUCAAGAAGAUGGUAAUAAGUUGCAAAUUGGAGAGUUUCAGAUUGUCAGAAAUUUUAGUAUGUCAUCGCCAACAUAUGUUACAUGCUCAUUGUCUUUGUGUCACAUUACAUCCCACCAACAAAGAUCAGUAUGGCACAUUCAAUACACAGACUGGCCUGAUCACAGUUGCCCGCAAGAUGUCCAAGGCUUUAUUGCUUUUAUGAGUGAAGUGGAUGCUGUUAGAAGGCAUGCUCUAAGUAAUCAGGAAACUGGAAUGUGCUCUUCACCUGUUGUUGUGCACUGCAGUGCGGGAGUUGGCCGAUCAGGAGCUGUAGUUUUGUGUGACAUCAUGCUGUAUUGUUUGGAUCACAAUCAGCCCAUUGACAUACCAAAAGUGCUGACGCAUUUGCGUCUACAGAGAAUGCUGACUGUACAGACUUUAGCCCAAUACAAAUUUGUUUAUAAUGUUCUUAUACAGUAUUUAAAAAAUUCUCGUCUGAUAUAA